UCAGAUGACGUCUGUUUGCAGUGCCCCCCUAUAUCAUCGCGUCCAGAUGAGAGUUCUGGGUUACAGACAACUCAGUUUCAGAGCGGACUGUCACCAGAGCAGCAGCAGACAUGAAUGCCAAAAUUGUCUUUGUGGUCUUCCUCGCCCUGCAGGUCUCAAUGAGCCUGUGUGAAAUCCCUGAGGCUGAACCCGAAGUUGUACAAAAGUACAAUGAAAUGAAGCAGACAUUCUUUAAAAGGCUUGAGAACGCCUACAAUAAGAUGAAGGCAGCAGCUGGAGACACUGCGGCCUCAGAGUACACACAAAAGCUUUAGCUGACAUGGACCUGGCCCCCUACGCUCAGGUCGCCAAGUAAGGCUGUUGGUGAGGAGAUUUCUCCGGCUGUAGACAAUGCCCGCUCUGCUGCUCUUGGUUUCUACAGCAAACACCUGCGCCCCUAUGUGCGCGAGUACCUGGAGGAUGGCAUCACCCGCAUCAAGGCUGUCCUGGACCAAGUGUUGCCUGUUGAGAACUAGAUCUACUCUAAGUGCACCUGUAACC